GUUGGAGCCACCGUGCGAAAUUCUCGCCAUACAUUUCGACCGGGUUUACAGGGGAGGAUGAAGUGGUUUAUUUCAAGAAACACACCUUUCAUACAUACCAGGUCCGAGUAAUAUCACCAGAUCGCAUGGUCGAGUCUGUCUGUCUCUGCAGCCAUAUUUCCCCGAGCGGCACAUUCCUCCUUGCUCGGCAGCAUUACGUACGGAGCACAUACGACAACUGCCGCCAGACAGAUUCGAUUCGACCGGCUGAUCGCAUGAUAACCGCCAUACUGCUUGCCUAGGCCACAAACGCCCACGCCCACCAUGUACGGCAGCAGGUACUACCGGCCCGCGCUCAAGAACAGCGUCGACGUGCAGCUGCAGACGGCCUUUAACGAGGGCCUCUGGUCCAACGUCGCGCGCCUCGCCGCCCAGCGCUUCAAGGCCAAGAAGGACCCUUACUAUGAGGCAGUCAGGGUCUGCGCAGAGUCCCAGAUGGACACGGUGACAGAAAAGUCGGCCGUCGUGUUCGCCGUCGACGCCCUGGCCAGGGACAAGGCCGCCGUGCCCGACCUCGACUCCAUCGAGCUGUACGAGUGGGCGCUGAGGGAGGCCGCGCCGCCCCUCGACUACGCGCAGACCGUCGGCGUCCUGCGGGCGCGGUGGGCAAAGGCGAACCCGGCCAGCCCCGGCGUGGUCGAGUGCCUCAAGGCCUGCGUGCUCGCCUGGGACCUCGUGAAUGCCCAGCAGAUCGCGGCCACGCUGGACAAGGGCCAGCCGGGGACCAACAAUGGCAAGAACACGUUCUGGAACAUCACCCUGACCCACCUGCUUUCUACCAGCCCGCAGUGCCCGGAGAACAUGAGGGUCAUGUUCGGCAAGCUGUCGCGCAUGCAGCUCGAGAAGGCCGCCGCCAUAGCCUCCGACCCAAAGGCCACGGGCCGCGGCCUGCGCGAGGAGGAGGAGAUCAACCUCUACUACCACGUGGCCGGCAAGGACGCCUACCUCAAGUCGCUCUCCUCGGCUUCUGACAGGAGCAGCCCGAUAGGCGUGCUCGAGCAGUUCGGCCUGGGCCGGAAGCACCUCCUCCAGCAGGGCCUCGAGACCCUGCGGGAGGCCGGCGACUGGGAGACCAUCUACAACACGUGCCGCCAGGCGCUGAGCAAGGAGGACGCGGACGGCAGGCCGUCGUUCCUCGCCCUUGACAUGAGGACGUGGAAGCUGUUUGUCAGGUCUGCGGGCAUGCAGGGGGACGUCGAGGCCGCCUUCGCCGAGGUCCAGGAGGUGCUGCAGAGGUUCGUCGCCGUCCAGCAGGGCGUGGCGCCAAUGUACAAGAAGAACAUCGGCCUCGCGCUCCUCGAGCUCGCCUUCAGCGCGCCCGCCGCCCUCGUGCCCCAGGGCCUCGACCCGGGCAGGCCGUCGUACCGCGUCGUCCAGCUGUACCUGUUCGUCGAGCAGCACCUGCUGCAGCGCGCCACGUUCGACGACGUCAAGGAGUACGUGUCGCGGCUGACGUUCGAGGAGGCCAGACACUUUGUCGACAACCUGGGCAAGACCGUGGCCGGAAAGACACCAGACGCCCAGAGACAGCUCGUCGUCCGCGUCCUCGAGAUCAAGUUCAGGUACUUCCUGACAACAUGCCCCCUGACACAGGAGCCCACCGCCACCACAACCGAGGCCGGCGACGCACAGCUCAGGUGCAGGUUCUGCUCCACAACAACCACGGCCGGGAACUGCACAGCCUGCCUAGAGGCCGUCGCAACAGACGCCCUCACGGCCUACAAGAACCUCGACAAGACCCCCGAGGCGACAACGAGGGCCCUCGACAAGGACCCGCACGUCGACCUGGCCCUGGCCGCGUCCUCGGCCCUGCUCAAGCUGAGCGGCCUCGGGGCGCCCAGCCGGCUGUCGUCCCCGCUGGGCAGCGCCGCCCGCCCCGCCCGCCUCCUCCAGGCGGCCAUGCUCCUCGCGGCGCAGCUGUCCCGCACGCCCGACGAGAUGCCCCUGCGCCUCCUGCUGGUGCGCGUGUACCUCCUCCUGGGGUGCGGCUCGCUGGCGCACGCGGCGUGGGUGCCCACCGACGUCAAGCGGACCAUCCAGGACGCGCUGAGCCCGCUCUUCUUCGACCGGCUGUCCGGGGUGGCGCCGGGCCUGUUCCACCCCCCCGCGGGCAGGCAGAACAGCAGCGGCAGCAGCAGCCUCACCGAGCCGCUGUCGUCGUAUUACUCGGGCUGCCUGAGGGACAGGUCGCCCGUCAAGAUCUGGGACGCCUUCGCGGCGGGGAGCUACUGCUCCGUCCUCGACAUGGCGGCGUACUCGGACCGGCUGCGGCGCAGCUGCACGCUGGCCAUGGCUGUUGUCGAGGAGAGGCGGGCGGCGCGGGCGCUCGGGGGUAAGAUGGAGGGUGGCGGGAUUGAGCAGUCGCCUCUGCUGGCACACAUCACGGACGACACGACCUUCGUCAACGCCGUCGACUACGGGUCCUUCCCGAACCUGGAGAGCCCCCACGCCGCGCCGCUGCACGAGAUCGUGAGGCUCGGCCCGGCACUCUCGGACGAACGAACCCGCCUGGCCCUCCUGACAGAGCACUUCCUAGACACAAUAACCCACAAGCCCCCAAAGGACUACAAGCCAGCGAAAGCAGCAGAGGCGGCAGCCCGCGACAAGGCCCACCAGGUAGAGACCCACGCCCGCCUCUCCGAGUCCCUCUCCACCCUCCUCCACCGCACCACAGCCACCACCCAGCCCCAACUCCUCACCCCAGACGAACAAAAAUACUACACCCUGAUAGCAGCCCUAUCAACCCUCACCCGCACGGCCCUCGAGACGCCCAAGAGCGCAUCAGCGCCCGCACCAGCCACAUUCACAGCAGCAGCCGCGACGGCCCACGCGGCCCUCGACGCCCUGCACGCCAGCGUCCUCGGCGGCGGCGGCGUGCCCCCGGGGAUGGCGCGCCUCCCCGGCGGCGAGGGCGCCGUGCUGCACCACCUGACCAGCCCGCUGUCCCUCUCGGCCCUCCGCGACGCGGCCCUCGCGGCGCGGUGGGCGGCCGCGGCGCUGCUCGCCAGCCACGCGGACGAGAGCGCGCGGGACAGGUCCGGGCGCGGCGGGCUGCACAGGGAGGUCCUCGCCGCCGUGCGGGGGCUCGAGGGGCGCGCGGGGGAGGUCCUGGGCGGGCUGAGGGGGAGGGUCGGGGAGCUGAGGGGGGUGCUUGGGCUCGGGGGGUGGCUUGACCGGGUGGAGGGGUGGGCGUUUGGGGACGGUGGUGAUGGGGAUGAUGAUGGGGUGGCGGGGCUUGUGAGGGAGGUCGUUGGCGAGGCUGAGGUUGAGGAGUGGGGCGGGCGGGUUGUCGAGAGCUGGAGGGAUGGGGUCAAGGGGUUUGCGCUGGGGGGGAUGGAGUGA